AUGUCGCUCGGACACCACAACGCCUGGCUCCCCCCAGGUCACCUCCGGCCCCCCGACGACAUGCAUGAUGCGCGGACCUUCAAUGGCUAUCCAAAACCUUUUUCCGGCUCCAGAACACCCCAAAUGCGCGGCUCCAUCGACGCCGACGGUCCUCACACGGGCAAUCUGAUAUCGGAGGCCGACACUGUUUCGGAGGAAGAUCCACGUAUCGCUCUAUUCCGCGACUUGUAUACUCGCACUGAGGCGAAAAUUAACGGCUUAUUUUCGGGUGAAAAGCUACCGGAGGACACUCUCGACGAUGCCGUCGCCGUCCUCGAGGGGGCUGAAGCUGAGGACAAACGCGCCCACGAACCGGCACCCCCCAAGAAACCUGCGAGAAAGCUCGAUGAUGAUGAUUACGACGACUACGACGAUGACGAUGACGAUGAUGAUGCGAAGCCUGCAUCGUCGCCCGCGUUAAAGGUAUCGGCCCCUGCUCAGCAACCUACUGCCCUGCCGUCGCCAGGUCGUCCAUUCAGCGCCUCAAUGCCCGCAGCCGGGGAAAGCACAAAGGAAGCAAAGAAAGAGAGCUUGGAAGAUAUUCGGAAGAAGCUAGAAGAAGACAAGAAGGCCACAGAAGAGGCGGCCAAGAGAAGCUUCCACACCCUGUUCUACACACUGGAGAACGAUAGAGAUGCAAUGUUGGAUCAACAGCGCUUGGAAGAAUCCGAGAGACAGGUUGAGGCUGAGAUGUCCGGACAGGCCAGUGCCGGCAAUAAUGCAGCGUCAGGGUCAAGCGGACACGGCUCGUUGAGUAGUGCCAACCUUGGCGCGUCAAGCUUGACCUUAAAGAACCUGAUCGCAAGGAUUGACAUGAAGCGCAAUAUGGUGCAAGCUUCUGAUGCCGAGCUUCGCAGCCUGAUGAGCGAAGUUCGCAAAAACCGUAGCAAGUGGGCUAGCGAAGAUAAGAUCGGCCAGGAGGAGCUCUAUGAAGCUGCGGAGAAAGUCCUUAGCGAACUGAAAGCAAUGACCGAGCAUUCUUCUGCUUUCUUGACCCGCGUUAACAAACGUGAUGCGCCUGAUUACUAUAACGUCAUCAAACACCCAAUGGAUCUUGGAACAAUGACCAAAAAGCUAAAGGCCCUCCAAUACAAAUCCAAACAGGAGUUUGUGGACGACCUCAAUCUCAUCUGGUCGAACUGCUUUAAAUACAACACAAACCCAGAGCACUUCCUCCGAAAACAUGCCAUGUACAUGAAGAAGGAAACCGAGAAAUUGGUACCGCUCAUUCCUGAUAUCGUUAUUCGAGAUCGUGCCGAGGUGGAGGCGGAAGAACGACGGCUUCAGCUUGCUGAUGACGGCGGAGAAGAAAGUGACGAUGAGCCUAUCAUGUCCUCAAGAGGCCGAAAAGCCCCGGGGAAAUCGUCCAAGAAGGGUGCUGCCCCAGCUUCGAAAACCCCGAGUGGUUCUGAACCUCCAGCUGGCUCCGGCUCACAACCGUCGGCGCCUGUACGCUCCGACUCUGAUGCUGCCGUGGAAGGAGUACAGAAUGGAUUUGCAACACCCCCUCCCGGCACGUCUACCCCAUCCGACCCCGCUGGUGCGGGUCUUGCCACAUCUGGAGGACAAGAUGAUAGCAUGGACCUUGAUGGUUUGGUAACGCCCCCCACCGCACUAAGCGCGUUGGCCACGCCUGGUGUAGAACUUGCCGACCCUGAAUAUAAAGUGUGGAAGCAAGUCACGAAGAAAGACAGAGCACUUAUUGCUGCAGAAAGACAUCGUCUCUUCAAAGGCGAUAAGCUGAAUUCUGACGAACCGGCUCUUCUUCGCACGAAGGCGGGUAUGAGAAGGUGGCUCAGGAACCAGCACCAGAUCUCAACCGAUGGCGAUAGUUCGAAUGACCUUGGGCCAAAACCGAAUGCCGCCAGCGAGACGCUAGCUGAAGGUAUAGAAGUUGAAGAGGACAGAGUAAUUCCUGACUAUUACGAUGUUAUGUCUGGUAUACCAGAUCUUCCCCCUCAUCUGUUGUGGAGAGAAGACAGCGAGGGAAAUCUAGUAGACAACUCAGAAGACUUUUUACGGGUCCUUCCCAAAGGACUCUUCACCCAGCCGGACAGCAAGCUUUCUCGAAAGAUGGAUGCAAAUAUGAGGCAAAUGCAGGAAACCAGGAAAAUUUGCUCAAAGAUUGGUAUCGUCAAACAAAUGCAACUGCAGUCUCAGAUGUACCAGAACCAGUUCCAGAAGUAUCAGCCAGAGCCCUUUGUUGAACAGGAUGUCGAGGCCCAUGUUAUGAACGACAAUGGUCCUGUGAUCGCCCCAUGGGUAUGCAAGGCCGCUCUGCAGCGUUCGGUAGCAAAGAUAUUCUACCACACCGGCUUUGAAGAAUAUCAGCCAUCGGCUAUCGAUGCUGCGACCGAUAUGGCUUCGGACUUCUUCGUCAAGAUUGGACAGACAUUGAAAUCGUACAUGGAAGCGCCGAAAGUUCCUGUGGCAGAUUCAGUGGAAGCAACUAGCUCACCGCAGUGGAAACGGGCGUACACCGAGCCAGAGAUGAUGCUUCAUACUCUGUCCUCCGUCGGCAUCGACAUUGAGGGACUAGAGUCUUAUAUCAAAGACGACGUUGAACGUCUCGGAACGAAACUCGUGACUGCACAUGAUCGCUUACGCUCGCUUCUUUCUGAGCUCCUUCGCCCCGUCCUGCAAGAUGGUGGUGAAGAUGGCUCUAUGGCCUUCGCUGACGGUAGUGAACAAUUUGUCGGUGGUGAUUUUGCCGAAGAUAUCGACGAAGACUUUUUUGGCUUCAAAGAGCUGGGCUUGGACAAAGAAUUUGGGCUAGCCACGCUUAGCGUGCCAUUGCAUCUUUUGCAAAACAGGAUGUACAACGCGGCCCAGGCGCAAAACACAAAUACCUCCCAAUCCGUUACAGUCUUUCCCCCGCCUCCUCCGUAUCCACGCAUCACUACCGAAAAUUCUUCCUGGACCAACUUCGAGUCCACAGAAGCGGCCACUGCCGCCUUCAGUUCCUGGAUUCAACGCUAUAAACCAGGAAGCUCUGAACCUAAUAAGAAGAAGGUCAAGAAGAACAGUGGCGUGGCGAUGGGGGUUGCUGACGCUCCCGGUGAAGACGAAGCAGCAACAGGAACCAAUGGGGCGAAGGCUCCAAACCUAAAAUCUGAGGGCUCCUCUAACGACCUCAUUAACGGCAAUGCCGGAGCUGAAACAUUAGACGCUCCUGGUGCUGAGGAUUCUACCAACGCCGACCAGGUUAAGGGUAAUGACAAUGCAGUGCCCAUCACCAACGGAACUGCAGGCGACGCGGCAUGACGUAUGACCAUGGUAUAGGUAUAGAACUCUUCGUUAAUGAUCUCUUCGACUGGGUCUGUUGGACGGGUAUGCUGCUUGUUUCAUGGAAUGCAGCACUUGUUGGUUGUUUGUCUAGAGCAAAUCGGCGUCGGUUGUUCGGCUUAUCCUUUCACUUUUUCUUCUGUCAUUUUCUUCCUUAAAUUCACCCAUCCGCCUACCUUCUUCAAUUCUCAUUCCCCAUGUGUUACUUGGACCCCUUCUAUUCUUCGUCUUGUUAUAUCUUCUCCACCUAAUUGUGUUUACUUUACUGGAUGCCCACCUGCGGUGCUCCAACAGGGCCCUUCCAGCUUGUUGUUCUACCUGCCUACCCAUCUACCUAUACCUAUAACAUACACCGGAAUCACAUCUGGUCUAUAUCCUA